CUCUCUCUCUCUCUCUCUCUCUCUCUCUAUAUAUAUAUACAGGCAAGAAAAUCACAGAGAAAAUACAGCUGGAAGGGAAGGGAAGGGAAGGAAGAGAAGAGGGAAGGGGAAACUGAGAACUCCAGGAGCAGCCACAGAGCCAGGUUCAGUUCAGGAGAGGAGAUUGAUUACGCAGGCGCUUUCUCUAUCUUCAUCUCUAUUGGGUUUUUGUUUGUUUUUCCUUUUUUCUUUAUGGACAAAAUCGCUUGACCUCUGUUGUCGUACACAGAUUCCGGCCAUUUCUCUUCCUUCUCCACUUCUCUCAAUUCUCUCUCCCCCCCCCCCCCCCCCCCGGGUAAUUCACCAGCUUCCAUACGUCAAUUCUCUCUCUCUCUGAUUCCGGUCUUGGCUUCAUCCAUAUCUUCCGACUCCAAAAAUAUUCAAUCCUUGUAUUACUCCGAAACUUACCUACUACUCCGCGUCUUUCUCUUUCUCUAUAGUUAUAUACCCACAUUUAUAGAUUCUUCUCUUUGAUCUUACCUCUUCACUCUUAGUUGUUCUCUCUCUCUCUCUCUCUCUCUCUCCUGUUUUCGGGAAAUUGUACAGGUUCUGAAUAGGUUUGGGCAAUUGGGUUCCAGAGAUGUCGCCGGCGGCUCCGAUCGAGGGGACAGCGGUGGGAACUUGGUCGUCCUCCAAGGUCGUGUCUUCACCGGAGGGAUCUGACAGCGUCAGCCGCCGUUUUUCUGAUCUAAGAGGGGUGCGGUGGCGUAUUGAUUUGGGAAUUUUACCUUCUUUGUCUUCCUCCUCAAUUGACCAUCUUCGUCGUGUGACCGCUGAUUCUCGUCGGAGAUAUGCUGGUUUGAGGAGACGCCUACUGGUUAAUCCACAUAUACCCAAGGAUGGCCCCAAUUCUCCAAGUCUUGUUAUGGAUAAUCCGCUGUCACAAAAUCCAGAUAGCAUGUGGGGUCGCUUCUUUCGAAGUGCUGAACUAGAGCGAAUGGUUGACCAAGAUUUGUCUCGUUUAUAUCCUGAACAUGGAACCUAUUUCCAGACACCAGGGUGCCAAAGCAUGUUGAGACGAAUUUUGUUGCUAUGGUGUCUUAGACAUCCAGAGCAUGGGUACAGACAAGGCAUGCAUGAGCUCUUAGCUCCUCUGCUAUAUGUUCUGCAUGCGGAUGUGGAGCAUCUUUCUCAAGUGCGAAAGCUUUAUGACGACCACUUCAUCGAUAAAUUUGAUGGCUUCACAUUUCACGAAAAUGAUUUGACAUAUAAUUUUGAUUUUAAGAAAUUUACUGGGCCCAUAGAAGAUGGGAAUGGCUCACAAAAGUGUCCACCGAAGAUUAGCAACCUUGAUGAACUUGAUCCUAGGAUACAAGAUAUUAUAUUGCUAAGCGAUGCUUAUGGGGCAGAAGGUGAAUUGGGAAUUGUCUUGUCUGAGAAAUUUAUGGAGCAUGAUGCUUAUUGUAUGUUUGAUGCUUUGAUGAAUGGAACUGGUGGUGCAGUUGCCAUGGCAGAAUUCUUCUCACCUUCACCUACCACUGGCUCUCAUACUGGAUUACCUCCUGUUAUUGAAGCUUCAUCUGCGUUGUACCAUUUGCUUUCUAUUGUUGAUACGUCUCUUCAUGGUCACCUUGUUGAGCUUGGGGUGGAACCUCAAUACUUUGCUCUCCGCUGGCUACGUGUUUUAUUUGGGCGUGAAUUCUUACUCGAAGAUCUGUUAUUAAUCUGGGAUGAAAUAUUUGCAUGUGAUAACAGUAAAUUACCUAAAUUUGCUGAUGAUACUGCAUCCAGCGUUGGGGUCCUCAAUUCACAUAGAGGAGCAUUCAUCUCAGCCUUUGCAGUUUCAAUGAUACUUUACAUCAGAUCUUCCCUACUUGCCACUGAGAAUGCUACUUCUUGUCUUCAGAGAUUACUGAACUUUCCAGCUGACAUAAAUCUGGAUAAACUAAUAGUGAAGGCAAAAACACUGAAGGUUCUAUCACUGGAUGCUAACAACUCAAUGCUAUUGCCAACACAUUAUGGGGCCUUUGACCAAAGUAAGCCACUGCUCGGAAGAGGUCAGAGCCUUUCGUCUGGUUCUGUUUCUCCUAGAACACCUCUGAGUUUGGUACCUGAGAGCUAUUGGGAAGAGAAGUGGAGAGAUCUGCACAAGGCAGAAGAACUUAAGCAAAGUAGUCCGCAAAAGGUAGUUCCUAACCGCAAAAACAGUUGGUCAGAAAAAGUAAGAUUGAGUCUAUCUAGAACAGAAUCUGCUCCCUCACCAUCAAAGGUUUAUCGCAGAGAAAGUGAACCUAAAGUCUCUGUCAGGAGAAAUUUGCUGGAGGACUUGUCCCGACAGCUUGGAUUGGAGGAAGAUUCAGAGAAAGUAGGUGGUAGUGAAGAUUUAGGGUUGAAAGAACCUACAUCUGAAAAAGUUGAGGUGCAUUUGCAAGAUGGUACUGAUAAGAAUUCUUGCCCAGCCGAGGAGAGAUGUUUGAGUGGCAAUGCUGCCAGUGAAGAGAACUCUUCUAUUUUCUCAGAUUCUCAAAGCGCUAAUGACCAUGAACACCAAUCAGAGAGAAGCAGUGCUGCAUCCAAUGCAUCCCUUGAUGAAAAUGAUGAUGACUCAUACAGGACCCAUGGGGAAGACUCACCUCUUAUAGUCUCAGAUUCAACUGAGGACAGUGCUUCAAAAUCUGAAUCAAUUACAGACUGUGCAGGGAAAACAAUAGCUACUCUGGAUUUUCCAGCUAAUAAAUCUCUGAAAUCUGGACAGGAUGAGGAAACGGUGGGAAAACCAGUGACAGUUAUGAAGGAAAGGAAGAUUCUGUUUGGUAAAUUCCAGUGGCUAUGGAAUUUUGGACGGAGUAGUGGUGAGGGGACACCUGAAAGAGUUCCCUCAGAUGCUACAAAAGCUCCCAAUGGUGAAUAUGAUCAGAAUGGUACAGCAACCACUUUGUCGGUUAAUGAAUCUAGUAACUCUUCUUUAAGUGGUGAACAUGAUCAGAGUAGUAACUCUUCCCUAAGGAAUCUUGGUCACUCCAUGCUCGAGAAUAUUCAGGUAAUCGAGUCUGUUAUCCAGCAGGAGCGAGGCCAAGUGGGAGCUCUAGAAAACUUCUCUAGAAAUAUUCUUGUAGGCAAAGGACAAGUUACAGCCAUGGCAGCUCUCAUGGAGCUUAGGAAAAUUAGCAACCUUUUGUCAGAGACGUGAGGUUGAAACUAGAAACUAUUUAUUUAUUAUAGUAAAUAACCUGUACAUAGAUUUUGUAUUUACUAUUAUUACUCUUUUAAGUGCCAAAUAAGUGAAUAAUCUCGUCGGGUCUCAGUCUUUACAUCUUAUUAGAGAUGUCAUGUGGGAAUACUGCUUCGGCGUGGAACUAUUGCGCAAUAAUAUGGAUUCUUUAUGCAUACA